CGCAUGUGCGAACCAGGGGGGCGGUGUUGUGGAGCGUGAGCAAAUGUUUUGUUUUCUUCUCCGGUGAAAAUGGGUCUGAGGAGCUAACACGGACAGACAGCUACGACAGAAAACGUUUCUCAGUGACCUCGUACUGGCCCGCAAGAAGACAAAGCCAUGGGGAAUACAAGCAGUGAGAGGGCUGCCAUGGGCCAGGGGGAGAAGGCUCAGCGGAGGGACAGCCGAGGUACCAAAGAGGGAGAGAGGCCAAAAAUCCUGAUGGACAGCCCAGAGGACGCAGAUAUUUUUCAUGGUGAAGAUAUGAAAGCUCCUUUAGAGAAAGAGGAGUUCCUUGCAUGGCAGCAAGACUUGGAAGCAGAUGACAAAGGGCCAACUUUAGACCGACCAACAGUCUUUCGCUGGACUGGAGAUGGCAAGGAGGUCUACCUUUCUGGAUCAUUCAACAACUGGGCCAACAAGAUUCCCCUUACUAGAAGUCAGAACACCUUUGUGGCCAUUGUUGAUCUACCUGAAGGGGAGCACCAGUACAAAUUUUAUGUGGAUGGCCAGUGGACCCACGACCCAACCGAGCCAGUUAUAACCAGUCAGCUCGGGACAGUCAACAAUGUCAUCCAGGUGAAGAAAACUGACUUUGAGGUGUUCGACGCUCUAAUGGUAGACUCGCAGAAAUGCUCUGACAUGUCAGACCUCUCCAGCUCUCCUCCUGGGCCGUAUCAUCAGGAUGCCUAUGUUCCUAAACAGGAAGAGAAGUUUAAGUCUCCACCAAUACUCCCACCCCAUCUGCUACAGGUCAUUCUCAACAAAGACACUGGAAUUUCUUGUGACCCUGCGUUACUCCCAGAACCCAACCAUGUCAUGCUCAACCACCUCUAUGCUCUUUCCAUUAAGGAUGGAGUUAUGGUGCUCAGUGCGACACAUCGCUACAAGAAGAAAUAUGUCACCACCUUACUAUAUAAACCCAUCUGAUUGAGGACUGACUUUUUAAUCCUGUCCAAGUGUAUUAACUGUACACUGAGUGUACAAAAUAUUAGCUCCAUCUGUUCUUUCUGUAACAGAGAGAGAGAAUAGGUGAAUCCAGGCUACAUCGCUCAUACAUUUCACAGAAACAAGAGGUAAACAGCUCUGAGAUUAUAUCUUGUACACUCAUUGUACUCUGUUUAGGACGAUAAUUAUCACUCGGUCCGAUCCUACAUAAUCUGCCUUUUGUUCGUUCACCGAUUGCCCUCUGUAGUUUCCAACACUAUCUUUGCUUAGUAGACAUAGAGAGGCAAUAAUAAGGUUAGAUGCUAUGACAUGUCUGUGAGCAAAACAGACCUAAGUGUAAUAAGUAGGAUAGAAAAUGCUGGAAAAACUGACUGAAGGCCCUCAGGUAAAUGAGGUUGUUGUGGUGUUUCCCACGAGAGAGACAACAACAAGUGUCGCAGUCAAGAUUAUGAAUGUUAAAGAAAGGGAAAAAAAAAA